AUGCCUCUCUGCUUCGAUUGUUGGUUUGACAACCAUGAUGAAUCUUUUAACAGCCCGCAUGUUGCGAUCAUAUAUGGCAGCACGGAUCAUACGGAGUAUACGGAUUAUAAAUAUAAAACACACAUAAAUAACAUACUAUAUAUAAUAUAUGCCUACGAAAAUAGCUGCUACCUCAACACGAGAGGAACUCGUGUUGUAUUCUGGAUUUCCAGCAACUCAAACUCUCCACUGCCAACUUCUCACAACGGCCUGCCAGCUUUGAUGAGGCAUAUUAAGGGUGUCAAACUGGUGAAAACGGAUUGUCAUCUGUAUAAGGGCAAGUAUCAGUGA